CUUCCAGAGUGUGGGACUCUCCAACUUCGCUUUUAACUCCCAAGUGACCUUGACUCAUGAUUCCUAUAUUUACAUCACAGCUGUAGCCCAGAAUUCAGCUGGUUUGCGGGGAAUUUCUUAUUCAGAUAAAGUUCUGGUAGACCUUACCCCUCCAAAAAUAGAAGAAGUCCUGGAUGGUGAUUUAUUAGGAGAAGACCUUGAUGCUUGGAAGGAGAACACAGUGUAUGUCAACUGGAAAGUUACUGAUGAUGAAUCUGGUCUGGACUACUGUGAAUGGGCUAUAGGAUAUCAACCAAAGGGCAUUGAAGUACAAAGCUUUGAGAAAAUUAAGAUUGAUGAUAGAAAAUCUUAUAAGGAUUUUGAUCCAAGUGUACUUCAGGGGAAGACUGUAUACUCUACAAUACAAUGUCAGAACAAGGCAGGACUACUGUUCAGUUUAUCCUCAGACGGAGUGACCAUUUUUGACCAGCCCCCAUCCAUGGCUUCCGCUGUGAUACAGACACGGCCAUUGUCAGUGACAGAGUACCCAGCUAUGGAUUAUUAUCAGAGUGUCGACAAUAAUCUGAGGAUUGUAUGGAGUGGAGUGCUAGACAAGAUUGGAGUACAACAGUACAAGAUAUCUGUGAACAGCAACAAGUACAAUCUGGAUGGUAUGGGGCUUACAUUUUCUGAUGCUCAAGAUGUGCUCUUUACCAGCGUCAGCAAUGUUGACCUUGGUCAAGGACAAACAAAUGUUACUCUUCAGGCUAUAAACAAACUCCUGGAGCGCAGCGUCCCUCUACAUUAUAACCUGACUGUGGUCACGGACAAGCCCAUCAAACAUGCUUCCAAACAACUCUCAUUAAGCUGGCACGAUGGAAACAAAGAAUUUAUUGUAUCAUGGGAUGGGAUAUUUACCUCCGAUCAUCCGCUGAGGUUUGAAGUAUCAGCUGGAACUGCUCUGGGUGGGGGUAACGUCAUACAGUGGCAGGAGACCCGUGCCAAAAGUAUUACAUUUGGACUUCCUGACUCGGUGACCGGUACCUCCGGACUCAAGGUCUACAUGAUUGUGCGUGCCAUAGCUGCUGGUGGGGACUACACUGAUAUACUAGGAACCAUCAACUUACCUGCCUAAUUAAGGCACAAUUCAGAUUCAACAUUCUUUUUUGAAAGUUUUGAAAAAUUUAUCAGAAAUUACAUUAUUAUAAUCUGUACAAGGUAUACAAGAUAUCACAUUUAUUUUUUAUCCCUUUUUUUUGGUUACAUAUUUCUUAUAUGUUAUUUUUUUAUGCCCCCUUAGUUGAAAAUUCAGGGGUAUGUAGUUUUUUUACUGCCCGUCCGUCCAUCUACAUGUAUCUAGCUGAUGAGCAUGAAUUAAGUCAAAAUAUCAAACAUUACUUAACAAAUAGUGUCCAUUUUAACUACACAUAGACCACAUAAAUGAUGCAAUUCUCCAUGCAUUUAUUUUUAGGUCACCUGA